AUGCGUCGUUCGGUGAGCGCAUCCAUUGUUUUCGAUCAACUAUCAUCAAAAACUCUAUCACCAUCAUCGUCUCCACCGAGAAUCCACAAGGCUACAGAAUUGGAGGAUAUUCAGCUUUUUUUACCUAGGUACGAUCCUAACUCUCACCCUGGGAAGAAGGACAAGUCACGAUUCAGAUCCGCAGAGAAUGCUAUCCAUUUCAUUCCUCUCAUCCUCAUCCUUUGUGCCCUAAUACUUUGGAUGAUUUGUUAG